AUGAAACUUAUCGUUGCGACGAAUCGUCUUUGUCUUGAAUAUCGUAGGAGAUGGGAACAACACCUAAAACUCGCGUCACCGGAAGAACUUGAAACUCUGAAGACAUGGAAAGCCUUUGAGGAUUGGACCUUGACCCUAUUGGAUAAAACACAUGUAUUCGACGAAGCGGAUUUGAUGGAAAUGUACACACAUGCCCGCCACAACCCUUCCCAGGAUCCACAUCAAUUUCACACAUACCUCUGUGCCAUCGAGGCGGAGCUUGAGAAGCAAUUCGAGCCCCGUUCUCAGAAAGAACAAUGUCUUACAUUUCUCGUUAAACUCGACCCAGAUUUGCGAUGUGAAAUUCGACAAGAUCUUGCUACUGGUAAACUGAAAUUGCCAGAGAAUAUGUCGGACAUGGUCAGAUUGAAAUCGAGCGAUGGAGAUCAGGCAUCAGAGGGGCUAUGCCAAAGGAUCAGGUUCUUCUCGUGGAAACCAUCGUGGGAGGGGUCUUUCUUCGAAAAGCCGUCGCGGUCGUGGGAACAGCAACAGCAAGCAACAGAGCGCAUAGAUGCUAUUGAACUAGAGGGCGCCAUUUUGCAUUCUUUGUCAACCUGCAGAUCAUCAAGUGCCGACUUGCUAAGAGAAAUCAGAGAUGCAGUCUAA